UAUGAUCAUAGGCUACUUCCCAUUGAAGAUGUUCACGAAGAUAGUGUGAAGAGAAAAAGAACCGACGGCAGAAACGUCGCCAUUAAAACUCUCGCCCGGCUUUGCGCACUGUGAUUGCACCCACUCACCUUCACCUAGUUUAACAUUUGUCAGUCUUCUCCAGCAAUGGUAGAUCCGAGCUUCCAGCUAUGGGAACAGCGACGUAACUUUACCCGUGCUUUCAAACUGGCUUGCUCCCAAAGCAACCAGCGCAGUAGGAAUCUCGCAUUUUUUCACUGCUCAACGCUUUAAAACCGUACUUCAAUGCUUCGUACCAGCCACCUCUCACGGAAAGGAAUUGUCUUCUCGCAGGCAACUUUUCAUUCUAACAAAAACUCCCACUGCUGCAGGGCUUACCUGCAAAGGCAGGGUGUGUCGUGGGAGAAAACCUGCAAGACGAAAAUGUGCAGCCUUGAGCGCCACGGAAAGAUCUUCCUCCUGAAAUUCAUGGAGGAAAAUGAACACAGGUUCACUCCCGAGCUCUGCUCCGACAUUCUUUCAGCCCUGAAAACAGUUGAACAGUCGGACGCCAGAGCCCUUGUCACCACUAAUGAUGGCAAGUUUUACUCAAACGGAUUAGACUUGGAGUGGAUGAAAGAAGACGCUGCCACAAGAUUCCCCCUUCUCCUUAGAGAAUUCGAGAGAGUCGUAUAUCAUAUGAUGAAAUUGAAUGUGCCCACCAUUGCGGCCGUGUGUGGCCAUGCGGCGGGUGGAGGGUUUCUGUUUGCCAUGGCACACGACUACAGAUACAUGAGGUCUGAUCGUGGCUUCCUCUACAACAGCGCCGUCGACAUAAAUGUUGUGCUUCCGUCAGGGUCUAUUGCUCUGCAGCGGACCAAGCUCUCUCCUCAGGUUUUCAGGGACGUCGUUUUGAAGGGCAUUAAGUACACGGGAGUUGAAGGGUUUGGCGCUGGCUUAGUUGAUUCCCUCUUCGAAGGUCCCACUCAAACCCUAGAGCAGGCGAUGAGAGAAGCUAAUGUCUUGGCGGACAAACCCUGGGAGAAGCCCGCUUAUCAGGGGCUCAGGAUGGCCAUGUAUUCAGAUGCAAUUCACAAGCUGGAGCUUGAUGUGGAUCAGGGUUUGCAUGCUGAAGAUAUGCUCAAAGAAAUCUAGCUUCAAAUUCUACUUGGCUUAAAGUUCCUCACGGAGGAGCGAAUCUGGUUAUGCGACUGUUGCUUAACUGGGACAGUCGUCGCCAACAUGGUUUCCUGUGCAGAUUUUUGCCCUUAGCCGUAUUUCCCACAAAACGGUUGCCUACUUUUUCUGUCCUUGAAAUGUUUUGUAUUAGACAUAAUUAUAACUACUACAAUUUGUGAAAGAUCCUGGACAUUAUGGGAGCUGUGUUUGCCUUAAACUAAUUUAAGCUUAUUGUGGGCAA